AUGGCCGGAAGCCGCCGCCGCCGCCGCCGCGGAAGAGCGCGGCUGCCGCAGCAGGGUGCCGAACCCUCGCCGCAGGCAGAGACCGCUCUCAGCUCCACGUCUGCACCCUCACCCCAACCAGAAGUUACCACUGUGGAGAGAACCUCGAAGAACGCCUGCCCUGCUUCAGCCUCUACCUCCUUGCCUUUGUCUGGCCCUCAUGUUUGUGCAGAUCUCCUGGACAGCCUGCUUCAAGAAAUUCUGCUUCAUGAAAUUAUUGCUCUGUUUGACUCAUUCCAUGACUUCCUUGCAUUCAUUGGCACCUACCGCUCUUGGCGCGCUGCAGUCUCUACCUUUCCCUCUGUGCAUACAUUCAGCUUCCCGCCGCUCCACUUCAAACCAGAUGGUCCUUAUGUUCAUCCACAUAGCGGCCCUAUCAAGCCCAUCCUUUUAUCUGAUUGCAAAUGGCAGCUCAGUGAUCCUAGCAAGAAAAACUCAUCUCUUGCGUGUUCAGUGCCUAAAAAUAGUCCAAAUAAAAUGCACUAUUUGGGCUGCUCGUAUGGGUAUCUUAUCUUCUCCUACAAGGUUCACUGCCUCCUUGUCGAUGUGUACACUGGUAGCAAGGUGAUGCCCCCCAAACUCCCACGUAACAGUGAUCUUGGGUACUUUUGUGGCAUAGGCAUCCUUACGGCCCCAUCGAUUUCACCCAACUCUCGCCUCCUCCUUUUCUCAAGAGAUUCCAUGUUUGAGUGGCAGGUUGGAACAAACUCCUGGUCAGAGCACACCCUUACUCUUGAUAAUGAACGCAUCUAUCAGAUUGUGUUCUUCAAAGAUGAUAUCUUUGUCGUAGAUGCUGUUCUCAGGCUCCACACUAUACACCUCACACCUCAGUUCAGCAUGCAAGAAAUAGCAAUUAAAAAGGAGUUUGUGCCUAUGAACUCAUGGUUGGUGGUCUGUGGUGACAUGCUUCUCUUGAUUGACCAAAGGUUCAGCUCUGGCGGAUUGGGUGGCUCAUCUAACACGAUCUUUAGGGUCUCUCGCCUCAACUUCUCUGUCGAGCCAGCUAAGUGGGUGAAGUUGGAGAAGCUGGAUAAUUAUGCUCUGUUUGUUAGCCCUGACAGAAGGAAUCCUACAUUUUGUUGCAUGAGCCCGGAAAGUUGGGGAGGAAAGAGUAACUACAUUUAUUUUGCGAGGCUAACUGAAGAUCCCGAUGAAACUUGGACCGCGGUCGAGUUUGGUCAGCCAGUGCCAGACAGUGCAGUUCGCGCCAUGCUCUUCUAUGAUAUGUCGUCCCCUCCAGACUGUGGUGUACUAAGUAGCCUCUGGGUGUUCCCCAGUUUAGUUUAUGGUUCUGGCUAG